GGAACAGAAAGUUUAUGUACAUAAACCUUUUUUUAAAAAAGUAUUGUUGCACCUGGUAGCUAGCUCCACCGACACAGAAAUGAGAGGUCUGUGCAGUGCUUAAAUAGCUGGGAAACAAUGGGAUAGCACAGGAAAGUUAACAAUUAACAGUCUCAGCUUAAAUUUUGUAACUGCAGGGAACUGGAAACACAGCUGCCUCUCUCUUCAACAAAAUCAGGUCUCCUGGUUAAGGGAAGAAUUUUUGUUAACAUCUUAGUUUCUGCAAAAUAAGCGGCUCUGAGUUGAAUGAGUAUCAUGCAGUUAUGGUUUUAACCAGCCUGCUCGUCUUUAACUAUCUCCGCUCGUUUUAAAGAGAGCGGCUGGGAGGAGGGUAACGAGGCUUUUGAAAUGCUUUUUACUGUACUUUUUUAAAUGAGGGUACAGAGCAAAAAAGGGAGCUGAAGGCAUCCGGCUGAAGAGAAGCAGCAAGGAAGAUGGGUCUGCUAAGUGUGGAUUUGCUGAUCACGCUUCAGAUCUUGCCGGUCUUUUUCUCCAAUUGCCUCUUCCUUGCGCUGUAUGACUCGGUGAUCCUCCUGAAGCACAUGGUGCUGUUCCUCAGCCGCUCCAAGUCCGGGCGCGGCGAGUGGCGGAGGAUGCUGACCUCGGAGGGGCUGCGCUGCGUCUGGAACAGCUUCCUCCUGGACGCCUACAAGCAGGUCAAACUGGGAGGAGAAGCCCCAAACUCCAGUGUAAUCCACAUAGCCAAGGGCAGUGACGGCAGCAGUAACAGCUGGAAGAAUGUCAGUGGCAAAUGUGGGACCAAAUGCCACCUUCUGGAUUUUGCCAACUCUGAGCGGCCGCUGGUGGUCAACUUUGGUUCAGCUACCUGACCACCAUUCACAAGCCAGCUGUCGGCCUUCAGCAAGUUGGUGGAGGAGUUCUCUGGUGUGGCUGACUUUCUGUUGGUCUACAUUGACGAGGCUCACCCGUCAGAUGGCUGGGCUGCCCCUGGAAUCUCCCCUUCUUCAUUUGAAGUCAAGAAACACAGGAACCAGGAAGACCGAUGUGCAGCUGCUCACCAGCUCCUAGAGCGCUUUUCCUUGCCACCUCAGUGCCAAGUGGUGGCUGACUGCAUGGACAACAACGCCAACGUGGCCUACGGGGUUUCAUUUGAGCGAGUAUGCAUUGUGCAGAGACAAAAAAUCGCCUAUCUGGGAGGCAAAGGCCCCUUUUUCUACAAUCUGCAGGAGGUUCGGCUUUGGCUGGAACAAAACUUCAGCAAAAGAUGAAAUCUGUUCUCUACAGAAGCGAUGUCCACAGAAGUGUCCCUUUAAGGUGAUGUAAAAGGGAAAAAACAAAAACAAAAAAAGAAAAAAUAUGCUGGUUUCAAGAAGGCCUUUCAGAUGAUUGCAGGAGAACACACUUGAUAACCAGGUCAAGCUAAUGUUAAGUAAGAAAAGAAAAUUAAACAAAAAACCCUGACUCCACAGAAACAUUCUUGUAUGAAAAAAAUCCCACUCCUGCACUCGCUACAGGACAGAAGAGGUGAAGAGGCUUCUGCGAAAUGGUGCUGCUGGCGAGUGGGAAGAGUGGUGAGACAGGACCUGUCUCCAGGAGCUCCUCUUGUGAAGUGUUGGCCCUGGGGCCGGCCAGGUGCGUCGCUGCUUGGAAGGCAAUCCAUGGAAAGGCAGUGCCACGCAUUUCACCAGAAACACGUCUUUACCCUCCUGUGGCCAAUGCAAGUGACCUGAGAGGAGCCAGGGGCUUGCAAUUACUUUUCCAUAGAAAUACCAAGGAGUGUGGCACUCGGCCUCUCUCGUAGAGAAUUUAUUGUUCAGAGACUACAGGAACCACCAUGCAAUGCAUCGUGCAGGCAGGCUGCAGAUCCAAAUGAGACAUUGUAUGCUGGUAUUUGUACUCUCUAGGAACGCCUCUGCACAGUUAUGAACGAUGUCAUUCUAUCUAUACGUUUGUAUCCAGUAUGCAGGCCUGCGCCUGCCAAGAGAAAUGUUAAAAUCUAUGGAGCUGGACCAAAAAGACAAAGGCGAUCAAAUAAGCCCAUUACAAGUUGAAAAAAACCCCAAACUUGGACUAUUUGUAACAAAACAGUGAGAACCGUCUAGAGCGUGCAUCAUGAGACAAAACUCAGCUGAUGCCAGCCAGCCCUUGGUUCUCAGAGCUGACAACACACAUUUAUCAAUAUCCUCUGGUUCUCUUCUCUGUUUCUGUACCCGCCUUGAUGUCUUUCUGUCUAGCGGUAGGCUUAAAGGUAAUUUCAGUUUUAGCUUUUUUAAAAGAAAAUAACUUAUUUCUUUCUUUUAUUUUUAUUGGAGUUAAUGACCUUACAGAUAUAUUUGGGGGGAUGGGGGAACUUAUGCACAACUUUACCUCAUUGAAAUGGAAACCUAUCCUGUCAUUUACCCUGUUAAAUGUAGUCAUGCUGAUUUUUGCUGUUGUAGAUACCUGCAGGUAGUUCCUAGCUACGUUAGCUUGUCUGGAAGUUCAGUUGUUUGCAGCCUCAGAACUGAUUAGCUGGAGUUCUGCGAUCAAACGGGAUGGUGGUCUGUUCGUUUCACUUGUGUUCUUAAAAGCCUUCCCAGAGAAACAGGGAGGACAAAUAGUGUGAACUAAUGUGAGUAAGUGUAAAAGAUGGCAGAAUUUUCAUACGAAUGAGUCUGAGGAAUUAUUAAUUAUCUUUAAAGAGAUACUGUCAACUUAAAACGUACAUUAAGUUUAGGUAUUUCUAAAACUACAAUGAUUUUAUCAAGCCUGAUGAAAAGGCAAGUUUACGAGCUAACCCGUUGGAGCUGAUAAAUGAAAACCCAUAAGGAGAUGGACUAUCCAAGUUUUCUCUCAACUUUGGCAGAAACAUGAAACAGAUGAACAGGAUAAGUGGCAAAAAUCAAAUUAGUUCUUUUAAUUUCUCAUCCUGUCAGUUGUCAGGAAUAUGAUGUAUUAGUAGUAACACAGGGAAGAACAGAAAAUACGUAUGUAAACAUUUUCAUUUUCACAGUGUCCCUUUAAUACUGUGUAUUUCCUCUUGCUUGGCUGUUGUACGUCAGCCAAUGUACAAGGCAUUUGGAGAUGUGUUUUCAAGAACAGGUCUGAAAUAAUGACGGUAACAUGAGUGAUUUCUCCCAUAUUUUCAGGUUCAUGCUUCCCUUCCUUCUCGUAUUUUCCUCCACACACUGUUAAAUGUAUACACAUGUACACUUACACUGGUUGGCGAGAAGGGCGUAACGAGUGGUCUUCAGACCUUAUGGUGAGCCCCACUUCUCAGAUGACAUGCUUGUGUGUGUGCAUGUGUAUGUAUGUAUGCAUUAGUGUAUGCAUAUAUAUGUGUAUCAUACAAUUCUAUGUAUGUAUAUCCAUAUACAUGCACACAUAAGUGGUGUCUAAGGCCAAUAAUAAUAAUCAUUCUGUCCUCCCGUUUGUUAAUGUUACUGUAACGCAUUGCUCAGUGUGGAAGUUUGUUAUACAUUUUCAUGACUAACUGGGAUAUGUAACUGAGAUUUUUAAACCUAGUAUCAUAGAAACAGUAACACAGCCAAACUACAUGGCUUAUUUAAUCCAGAGUCCUACCUCUGACUGUAUCAGAUGCUUCAGGGGAAGGUGCAAUAAUUUCUUCUGGAAUUUUCAUUAGCUUCAGCCCUUUUUAUUUUUGUCUUGUCUAAUGUGAUUGUUGAUGUCCGAAUAUCCCUAUGAGUGGCUGAUCCGGAGUUUUGAGAUUUAAAUAUUUCUUGAGGUGGGGAAUACUAAAAUCAAGAAACAUCAUGUUUAAGAGCAAAGAAAAAUGAAUAAAAACAGAUAUUUUUUUUUCAGAUUUAAAUUGGCUGCUUUUCAGUGUCAUUCUCAAGCUCUUGCUCUUGUAUGCUAAAAUAGUAUAAACAGGAGUGAUCCCAAUUUUUCUUCAGUAUGUCAGUGAUUAUAUACUCUCUAUAGAAAUUUGCAUACCUUUCUUAAGACAAUAAUUCACAUUCUUAUACAGGCCCGUAUUUUUUGCCUGUCUCUGAAUCUCUUCUUUUUCUGUUACAGUGCCCUUUACUCAGGUGAGUAAAGCUGUAGAUGUUACUCCGAGAGACAAUAUGUUUCCACGUACCUAGCACAACAUCUUGGCUUUAAUAAAUCUUGUUCUUCAGUCAUCCGAAACUUUAUUAAUCCAUAGCAAUGCCAUAGCCUUUGUAAAAUUUAAACUAGUAAGUCUUUUCUUUCUCUCUUCUUUUCCGCAUCACCCAGUUGCAGUCCGAACUGUUUAUCUGGGAAAUGCUAGCCAAACGUUUAGCACAGCUGUUGAAACAUACCUUUAGCUUGGAGGAGAGAGUUUGAGCUAGUAAUUCUGUGAGUUUAUACCACUUUGUGUAUCUAAAGUUACAGUUACUUUUCAAGUCCAUUUUCCCUUUUGAAUUUCCAUUAUUUUUUCUCGUUAUUCAUAGAUGUCUGUUCAUCACAUAGGAUAAAGGAAUUAUAAAAUUGGCUCCUGGAAAGGGGAAAUCCACAAGGAUUUUCCACAAGAAAAAAUACAUAAUAACUUCAUUUUUUUCUUGGCAACAUGAAUGCAUUACCCUGCCCAAAACUUAAAGAUAGUUCAGCCUCACUGAUUAUCAAGACAGAAAUACAUUUUGCAAAUCCUUAAAUUUCCCCAGAAAAUUUGUGGUCAGAAAGCAGGGGAAGUAUUUCAAAGAGAGGAAAAAAAAAUCUUUUGUAAGUGGCUGAUAAAAAUACAAGCUCUUCAUUUAUUUUUGUUGACAAAAUUAGAGCAUUUUUUGGUUUUAAAUUAAACUUCAUCCCUUGUCCUCAGUUAAUGAUAGAAGUGGCCAUAUGUCAGAUACCCAGAAUUAUUGUAACAGUGGGUUGUUCUGGGUCUAGGCAGUGGUUUUACUGCCUUGCUAGCAUCGUCCUUCACAAUUGGUCUGGUCUGCUGUGUUCCUGGAUUUGCUUUUGUCUCUUAUUCUCACUGUUUCAGGGCACUAAACUGUAUUACUUGAGGUGCUUCAGUGUGACAUACAUAUUGAGCAAUAGCUCGCAAAAUAGGUGCCUGAAAGUAUUUUGGAAGGUUACUGUGUAUAAUAGAGACCCCAAUACUGUGUCUUAACAUUAGUAUGGGAAACUUCCAGUACUUUUCCGUUUUGAAUAAGGUAAAAAGCUAUUUUGGGCUAUCAUUCUACAUUGUUCUGUGCUUAGCAUCAUUAUUUAGCACUGUAUAAAAUGAAUGUAAAACAUUUUGUACAGAUGAAAACGAUAGCAUUUUGCUCUUGCUUGUGUAGACAAUGACAUAAAUUUAAGGCAGCAGGAAAACAUGCCCUGUCUAUUCAAAAGAAAGAAAUAUAUUCUGAAAUAUAUUGUUGAACAACUGUCUGAACCUUUGAAAAACAAAAUGCAAUCAUUUUUAUGAAGGUGAUCUUGGUGGGGAAACCCCCAGAGCUUCUCAAAAAGGUAUCAGUGCUAUGUGUGUGUGGGGAGGUAGGUUACGUUUCUGUAUGUGUGCAAGUGGUUCUUCUGUGAUGUGGAGGUUUAAGAGUUUGUAAGACUUCCAUUCAGUACUAUUACCAAAGCAAUAAGAGGUAUCAGGUAGGGAAUACUGGCCAGUUUUGUUCAACUCUACACCAUGUCUGUGCCGGCUCCGUGUUCAGUGACCUUUGGGCCCAAUUUGGAGGCUUCAGAGAAGAGAGGUUGGGGUGAGACAAUGAAAGCUUGUGUGCUCAUGAAGAUAGCUAACAAAAGAGUAAUUAACUCAGUUGGCGAUCAGAUGCCCUCACACUGGCAUUCCUCUGUGCACCUUAGCGUUUCUGUAUUUGAAAUUAGGCCUCGUUGGGGCUGUGAAUAAGAUCACCGGCACGUAGAUGCCUGUGUGUAGAUGCCUGUGUGUACUGACUAUGUGUGUGUCAUUGUUUAAAUGUCAAAAAUACACUUUGCAGGAGAGCCAGCAACACUUUGUUACAAUAUGGUGCUCCAUGAAAUGUGCUUUCUAGAUUUGUUUUUCUUGUAUUAUAAUAAACAACAAAGGAAAAUAUA